CGGGCAGUCAGACAGGUGCUGUACCUGCAUGACACACACAACACAGAGCUGGCAUGUAGUUCAAGGAAUAUCCUACAAGUCUUCGAUAUGAACUCCGUCGUCAUGAACUCAAGUGGUGGAUGGACAGACAAAAGGAUUUCGGCUCUGUCUGGGGUCUACGUCUCGUGUUUGAGUUUAAGUUUGCUAGGUAGCUGUUCUGUCAUAGUAGUAUCCAUUUUAAGGAGAUCACAUCUCAGUGUACAGGCAAAGCCUCUUCUUCAGCUGGCCCUGGCAGAUUUUCUAGCUUCAGCUGUUUUGAUGGGCACCAUCGUAAUUAACUUCCUAUCCUACGACACUUUGCCAGUGAAAACCAGUGAAAAGUUGUGCAACUAUGGAUUGCCUUUAUCUUUGACAUUCUACUGCAUUUCAUUUCUGCUCGUCAUCAUUUACGCCUUUGAGUCCGCAUACGUGUUUCAAGGAUGGAGAGAAAGAGCAGAAACGGAAGGAUUUGAAAACCAGUCACUCCGCAGGAGGAGGAUGUUUUGCCUGUUCUAUAUUACCGUGUGGCUUGUUCCAAUAAUUGGCUACAUCGUCUAUGUUAAAACAGUCACAGUUAUGCAAGCGACUCUUACGCCCCCAAACAAGCUCAUUACAUACGUCAGCAGUGCGCCGGACACCGCCAGGUUUUGCGACAGCUGCAUUCUGUUUCUGCAUAUAACAAAUGACACCUGCCCAACUGUGGAUCCAGGUCAUGCAGAGUUCAUUCAAGUUUUCACGCUCACCAGUGUGAUGACUGUCCUCGUAUGCUGCACUGUGGUAUACUGGAAGUUACAGAGCUGGUAUAGGAAUUAUAAGAGCACAACCAUGUUCAGAUUGUCCCAGAAUCAUCCAGGUGGAAUUUGGUCUUCGGCACGAUACAUGAUUCUUGUUAUCAUAUUCUGCUGGGCACCAGGUCUGCUUCUGGUCAGUCUAUCCUUUGCGUCAUCCACGAUUAGACAAAAUCUAUUUCCUCUCUAUGUCAUACAGGCGAUGUCGGUAUCACUGCAGGGGUUUCUGAACAGUAUUGUGUAUGCGUGGAGACGACGCAAUUUCAGAGACGCUGUGCUUGGAGAGCGUAUGCCGCUCAUGGCCUAUUCACAAAAAGCUUUCUUUGAUCAAUCAUUAAAUGAUCCAUUAGGACAUUAAACUAUAAGAUGACCUGCAUGUGUGUGUGAUGUGAGAAUUUAGAUGUGCUUUAAAUGUUUUUUAUUUAUUUUUUAAACCUGCAAGAAGUGUUAUAUGUUACUGUCUGUAAACUAUACUUGAAAUGCAUUAAAUAAUAGUGAAAUUUGAACAAUAAUUAAGAUAUCAUUACCUGAUUAUAUCAUUAGUUGUUUAUUCACAUACUUUCAAGACUGAUAUUAUAUGGAAACAUUGUAUUUCUUACAUACCUGCAGUUUUGUUUAAUAAAUCAGUCGGUGUAAUAUUUCAUCAUGUGACAUGCUUGUUCUUGCGGUUUCAUUGCUUUAACCGACAAUGACUAUGCAAGUAGUCACAGGUCUGUUAGUAAUGUUUUUAAUAGUCAAUGAUUCUGUGCGAUCCCAUAAAGUUUGGUAGCACAGCACAAUGUGCACUAAAAAUUAUGGCUGCAGGUCACAGAGGGUGCACUGUUUAUUGUGUUAACCGAAACAAUUGAUUAAAUGUGCUUUUUUUCCAAACGUUUUUUCUGUGUAUAAUUUGAUAAAAAUAAAAUUAAACAAAACA